AUCGAAUUGUUUUGAUAUACACAUGUAAUCUUACCCUUACUAAACGUUAGUUUCAGCUAGCUUUUCGAAUUAGCAGUAUGAAGAUUACAGCAAUAUUCCUAUUGUCAAAUUUAGGCUACAUUCUAGGCACUACACUUGCGGAACUUAAUGACGCAGCAACCAAGGGAGUUACAGAUAUGGUGGAAAAAUAUAAAGUCUUGUCUAUGGGAAACACGGAGUUUUCUCAGUGGAUUAAAAAACUUGACACUGUUAGUAAGACGAGUCCUAUGAGAGAGAAAUUUAAGGUCCGAGCUCAAUUUGAUAUCUACAAUGAACGUCGGCAGGAUUUGGAAAACAGUAUUACGAAUCGCAUCACCACGAUCGAUAAUCUGAUUAAUAAACUUCUCAUUGAAAACACUAAAAAGUGUCUUCAAUUUUAUCGAAGGCAGAAAAAAUCUUUGCAAAUGGCAUACAAGUUUUCAAAUGCUAUAAAACUGACUAACCUUUUGCGAAAUAAGAAACAAUGUGAUCCCGAAAAUGAAAAUGAUGAAAGCAACGAAAACGACGAAUAUAGUUAUUAUUAAGCGAUAUCUUAAACUAAAUUAUUAAAAUAUGUGUUUAUU